CGGCGCCUUGCUCGCAGCAGAACACUGCCGUCAGUCGAUCCGGUGUGGCGUCGCGACGCUCGGACGAAGUGACUACUUUGACGCUACCAGUCGCCGAAGUUCGUGUUUUUUAAAAUUUUCUGGAAAGAGAUUUAUUCGUGUAAAAAGUUGUUAAGCAUGUUUGGGUGAAAAUUUUGAUUGAUACCAUCAUUAUGAACGAAAAAACCAAAUGGCACGAUCGCCUCUUCGGCAAAAAGCUCAUCAAAUGCGACUCAACCAACAACUCAAACGACUUUAACACCUUCCCCACCAAUGAAGUUCUUAAAAACGUGCAGAUCAUUGGACUCUAUUUCAAUUUUGCCAACAUCAACACUCAAAGUGACGAUUUCCUUAAAAAAUUGCGCGAUUUAUACGAGAAACUUAACGCGGGUUGUUUGAAUGGUGACGCGGAUAAACGUAUCGAGGUGAUACAAGUGGUGAUGUGGGCUCACAAUGACAAUUAUGGCGAUUUCGAGAUGAGUCAUAGAGAUAGUUUGCUUGGGUUGCCUUGGUUUGCCAUGCCGUUCAGUGAAAUCAACUUAAAGACAAGGCUCAGCAGAAGGUACAGAAUCAAAUCAGGAGUACCAACAUUGGUUUUAUUAGACAAAGAUGGAUCUACUGUAAGUAUAUCAGCCCAUGAGCGAUUAGUGGAAGACCCAAAUGGUACCAAUUUUCCAUGGAGGCCAAGACCAGUUGACGAAGUUCUUAAAGAUGUGGUACUUCAACCUGGCGGUAGCUACUAUCAAGACCACCCGAAUGGCAUCAAGGGGGACAUAAGAUACAUCGAUGUACCAGACGGUGUAAGAGGGUUCUAUUUUUCAGCGCAUUGGUGUCCACCCUGUAAAGCAUUUACCCCCCAUUUAGCAGAGGCGUAUAAGAUGAUAAGAAAAAGGGAACCAAAUUUUGAGAUAAUCUUAGUUUCUAGUGACAGGAGUGCAGAAUCCUACAGUGCCUAUGUUGAAUCCAUGCCUUGGUUGUCAGUCCCAUUUCAGCAAGCAUCAGUUCGAGCAGAAUUGGCACAGUUGUAUGGUAUCAGAGGCAUCCCUACGUUAUUGUUAUUGGAUAGUAAUGGUCAUGUAAUCACUAUGGAUGCUAGAUCUGAAAUUGCUGAAGAUCCUUUGGCACAAAAUUUUCCUUGGAAACCUCGUGCAGUCAAUAUUUUAACAGACCGAUUUCUAACAAAACUUCAUGAUUUUCCGUCUAUUGUUCUCUUUGUGGAUGCAGAAGAAACAGAAAUUCAAUUUGCCGAAUCCGUUUUACUUCCAGCAGCUACAAACUAUUACAAAAUGAACAAUAUCAACAUUUCUUCAGUUUCCGAAGAUCGACUUUUUUCGACUUGUGAUCAUGAUGAUUAUUUUCUUCAAUUCCUAAUCGGAACUGAUAAUGAGUCUACAGACAUUCUAAGAGAUUUAACAGGUUUGGAUGAUGUAGUACCUCUGCUGGUAGCCAUAGAUCUACCCAAUAGAAGGUACGCUACGAUGGAAUAUGGUUUGGAGAUUACCACAGAUAGUGUUAAUGAUUUUGUAAGGAAGUUUCAAAAAAAUGAUCUAAAAUUUAAAGAUAUUAGUGAGGAGGGGGUUGAAAAUGCUGAAAAUUUGUAAUCAUUUCCAAAGCAUUAUUGUAAAAAAUGUUUCAAGUGCAAUAUUUUUAUAGAUAAGUAAGGCUCUGUAUUUUGAUGAUUUAUCUUGUGAAUUCAAUAUUUAUACAAUUAGAAAAGUUGGGAUAAACAGAUAGUUUCUAGCGACUAGGAGAAUAUUUUUGUGUCUAUGAGAGGUUUCGUAGUUUUUUUUUUAAUUUGAUGCUCAAACACCAAUUGGAGGAUACUCCAACACAUUAAGUCCUCUAGAAAUAAUUGUUUCCUUAAUUGUAUUUUUAUAUACUAUGAACCUACUUUUUGAGUUGAAACCCAAAAUAUUACACAAUAACUAAUAAAUAGUUGUAGGUAUUGGCCUUUUCACUAAAGUAAGUUAAGUAUUUGAUAAAGUUUUGGCUGUUACAAUCAAUGAUUAUGAUUAUUGAAAUAUUCUUUUUUAUUUUUGUAUAGGUAGGUACUUACAAAUGUUUUUAUUAAUUUAUUUGAUAAAUUUGAAUGUAAUUUUUUUUUGUGGUAGAACCCAAUAAUGUAUUAUUUCG